AUGUCUACUCUAAAAAAUGGCAGCAACUCGCGUACCCCGCUAGAGCUUCUGUCAGAGUUCGACGACUUUUGUUCAUAUCUGUUGCUGGACAAGUUAUACCUUUGGUUUGAAUCGAGAAAGAUACAGGACAACUUUGCUUCGUUUGAGGUAUCGCAGGAGUUUAUACAUGAGAUUAUAAAGAAGCAUGUUGUGGAGCGGAAAGACGAGAAGUCGGCUCUUGGCGCACUGUUGGAGAUUCCCGAAGUUUCCGAACGCUUUGAAGAUCUAGAUGAGCGGAGUAGGCAGCAAUUCUCUCAACAUGCACGGCGGUACUUAUCAAUGUACCGACCUGAUGCAGGUUUUGAAGUGAGUCAGACUAUAAGGUACGAAGCGAGGUCUGGAAAACCUGAAGCUUGUGUAAUAGCAACGAAGGAUCUUAGCGUAGGAGACCAGCUGGUUCAUUGCUCGGGGACUCUGGUGCCUCUUGAAGCUGACGAAGAGAGAGACAUCGAAGAAGGACGUGACUUUACGAUCAUGUACUCAUCUAACAGGAACAAGUCGAGCUUGUUUCUUGGCCCUGGACGUUUCGUCAACCACGAUUGCCAGCCCAACGUGGAGUUCUUCCGAAAAAGCCAGGCAUCGAAUGCUGUAUCCUUCAAAGUAUGCCGGGACAUUAAAAUAGGGGAAGAAAUUUUCUGUUUUUACGGUGAAGACUAUUUCGGAGAUAAUAAUAGAGAGUGUUUGUGUUCUAGCUGUGAAAGAAAUCGACGAGGUGGAUUCGCUCGAUCGGGAGACGACAUUGACAAUCUGGACAAUGUAAUAGCACCUGAGACGCAACGAGUCACACGGCAAAUGUUACGGAGGAGGAGGUCUAUUGACAAUGGUGUAACAAAACCAAAAGUACCAUCUCCUCCACCGCCAUCUCCUCCCAAACCACCAACAUUAAUACAAUCUCCACAACCGCUAGCGCCGGCUGCGGCACUUACUACCGAAGUCAGGGACUAUCUUCAUCCAGAUAUUACCUAUUCAAUUUCGUCAGAUGCUACUGACCAGCUUCCGGUCGAUGUGCAACCCAAUAUUGCAAACACGAUUUCCUGCUACCUCCCUGCAAAUACAGUCUUUACUGCCACCUCACUCCCAGUAACACAUUCUUUCAAUUCGUCCUGUGAUAGUGCCUGGUCAGACUCAAUACCUCCCCCCCCGCCACCCUCUUACUUUUCCCAAGACGCAGCAGCGUUCUCAUUACAACCUAUCUUUCAGUCUGGAUAUCAUGACGAUUCCCGCUCCUCAUCUCGUAUGUCUAUCGCAUAUCUUUGCGGCGCGUCUGAUGAAGCCAACGAUUACAGUGAUCUGUUUUCCGACUCUGGUUCAUCUCUUUCUGAUGUCUCGACCGAUCUGACCGAAACAGGUAUCUCUGGGAAUAAUUCGCCGAUGAACGCAAGAACAAAAGAUGUGAGGAUGAAGAAGAAUGAUGCUGUGAUAAUAAGGCCAAAAUUGCGAUUUGGACAAUUAAGAGGAGAGUGUCAGACUUGCGAAGAAGAGACGUUUUUGAUUACGGAUAGUUUAUGUUUUAGAUGCGAUAGGCAUUACAGAAUUUUUGGGAAUCCGUGGCCGUUGAGACGUGAACCGGGAAAGAAGGCACCACCACCCAUGAUCCUUAAUCCGCCUGUCCAGUUUGGGAAGCGAAGCAAACUUUCGAGUAACCUUCCGGAUUCUUCCGAGUUAUUAUCUGUUCCCGUAACAGAUAAUCUUCCUUUGGCGGAACUUGAUUUGGCGGGACUUGAAUUUGAGAUACAACAAAAUAAAUAUUGUUUUACGAGAGGAUCUCAUAAAGAAUAUACAACAGUUUGUGAAUAUCAAUGGAACGAUUAUUGGAUUCGCUGGGACACUGACAGAAACAUCGUAAAUGUGACUUUUUUAUGGAAGGCAUCAGGCAAGUCAACGCGUCACCUUCAUGCAGCGAUUUCAUCGGUGCCCCAAUGGAAUUCGACAGUGGUGACACACGUUGGUGGAUGUACGAAGAUUUCCGGGAAAUGGCUUCCAAUGGAAUAUGCCUACGAAUUUGCUCUUGAACAUUGCUACAACAUUCGUGAAGUUCUCGUACCUAUAUUCGGACCAAAUUGGUGGGAAUUACCAUUUAAUCCGGAGAGCUUUAUGAAGCCUUCUAAUGCUGAUCAGAGUAUUCUCGAUGAUGGACUUACAUGCAUUGCUGAUAAAGGCAACAAAGACAAUCCGACAGAACCAGAUGGAAUCACUCAAUAUUUACAAUCUUUAGAUGUUGAUGAGUAUCUUGGCUCAGAUGACGAUGUUAUCAUGGUGGAGGUGUGGGAUAGUUCCAGUGAGAAAGAAUCUACACUGAAUGGAUGCGUAGGAUCAAAGGAUGAACGAAAGCGUCGAACGAAGUGUCUGAACUACGAUACUUCCUCUGAUUCGAUGCUCAGCGCCAAUUACGAAGACGAUUACGAUUCAAGUGACUUUCUCCCGCCUUCCAAAAGACAAAAGCUACUAGAGGAAUUGUCUUGGAGACAUGUUAGAAAAAAGGACGUCGAUUCCUCUACCGAAACACUAUCCGUUUUGUCCGAAAUGGAAGAUAAUAAUUCAAUUAUGCAUAGUUUCUUCGACACAGAUAGUAGCGACCUGUCUGAUACAGAUAGGAACGACCUGUCUGAUACAGAUAGGAGCGACCUGUCUGAUACAGAUAGGAGCGACCUGUCUGAUACAGAUAGUAGCGACCUGUCUGAUGCAGAUAGUAGCGACCUGUCUGAUACUGAUAGUAGCGACCUGUCCGAUACUGAUAGCCUUGUUACUACCGUAUCUGUAAGGAGUGAUCACUCGGCAGACAGUUACUUACAAUCUAGUGAUCUUGCGGUGGAUUAUGAUAGUAGUGUAGAGUUUGACGAGACAAGCAGUCUUUCGGAAACAGCAAGUGAUACAUCUAUCGAAGAUGUCUGUGCUAAAGGCAGGAAAUCGUUCAUAAGGCAUAACGCGAAUACAAAAAAUAAUGGAAAAACUCGGAAUCGCAAUAAGGAUUUUGAUAAGGAUGGUGAGAUUAAGUCCGAUGUAUUAAAGUCGCAGUGGAAGGUUGGAGACCUUGUGGAUAUAUCAUGGCCACGUGACCUGAUAUGGUAUCCAGGGAAGAUAGAAAACGUAAAGUUUAUUACCACUUGCAUCGAUACAAUCAAUGGUAAACGGAUUUAUCGUGUUCAUUAUAUUGGAUGGAACGCGAGACAUGAUGAAUGGGUAACAAAAGAUCGUUUACGCGAGACUACUGUGAAGAAAGUGGAUGAAGAAUGUGAAAGUGAAGAAAGUGAUAGAGAAGGUUCCAUCGACGAUGAUAACUUAUGUUAUUAG